CGUACCAGCCAGGCUUCCGUCCUCAUUCUCCAGCCGGGGAUCGCACUUUGGCUUCCCAGCUUUGACACAGCGUCACUUGUGAAACAACAGAGAAGGAAAAAAAGACGCACUCGGGCCAAACCCCAUCCGCACCAGCAGGAGAAGAUGUCCGAGCCAAACAAGUACCGAGAGUGGAUCCUGGAAACAAUCGACUCUCUCCGCUCGAGAAAAGCCCGUCCGGAUCUGGAGAGGAUCUGUCGAAUGGUCCGGAGACGACACGGGUCAGACCCGGACCGAACCAGGACAGAACUGGAAAAACUGAUUCAAGAGCAGACGGUGCUCAAAGUUAGCUACAAGGGGUCCAUAUCGUACCGAAACGCGGCGAAGGUGCAGAGGAAAAGCAGAAAGAAGAGUGAGUUUACGGCCGCUGGCAGCAGCAGCAGCAGCGCGGAGGCAGCGAGGGAGCGGACCAAACACGAUCAUCUGAACAACAACGGCGACAGUGCGCACAGCUUCACGGACCAGGAGGAGGCAGAGGAGGACUCGGAGCCCAGCCCAGAUCCACACACUCAAACAUCAGGCAGCACCACCGGCAAAAAGCUCAAGCCUGCCUCCAGCCCGAGUAGCGGAAACGGGUGCCUCAGUUGUGGCGCAACAACGGGCUGUGCUGUCGGGAGCGGCUGUAAAGAGGAGAAAGCGAGUGCACCGAGAGACAAGGGAUUAGGACAGCAGGCGGCGGGGGACUGUCCGUCGCCCGGUUUCGGCCACAGGACAGGCGCACACAGCGGGGCUGACGGCGGCAGGACGGCUCAGAGCAAAGCCGAUGCAGUUAGCGCAGAAAAGGAGUGUGCUGUGUCCCGGGCUGACACGCAGAGCAAAACUUGCCCUGGGAGCGUCAGCAGUGUCCAUCAGAAUCAAAGGCAGAAGCAGUCUGUGCCCCUCAAGCCCAAACUUCGAGUCGGAGGAGGGAGCACCAAAACAACGGGGAACCACGCCAACUCGGACCUGGGCGACAGAUUAGUCGCUUCUGUUCGCAGCCUGUCCGAGAAGAGCCUCCGAGGGGGCUCAGCCGCUGUGACCAGAGGCCACAUGAAGCCGCUUGGGCUGAAGGAGAUCCUGGGUUAUCUGAGCAGCCAGGAACGGCUGUCGGAGGAAAAGCUGACCCGAGGCAAAGUCAAAGUGGUCAUGGAGAGAGAGGUGGCGAGGGGCAGGCUGCGCAGGACCCGCUGCGGGAACAUUACUCUCCCUCUGAGGGGGGUGGUGGUAGAGGAACCGAUGCCGAAGAAUGCGUCCGCUGACAGACUUGCAAAGAGCGCACUGCAGGACAAACACGCUGUGAAAAAGCCGCCGUCACCCUCUCUCCAGGAGAAUGAGCCGAUGGAAACAGCCAGUGAAGAAGAGGAACGGGAAGACAACGAGGAAGAAGAGGAGGAGGAUGAUACUCGGAGUUCUGAGGAGGAGGGAGGACUAUCCCCGGUAGCCAUGACAACCGAACCAGUGCUCAUUGAGAAAAUCAGAGAAGAUGCUGAGAUCCAGAAAGCAUCAAAGCAGGAGAGCCCCCAGCAGGAGCAGCAGGAGGGAGGCAAAGGUUUGCCGGUGCUUGAUUUCAUCCCCGACACACCGGUUCAGGGAGCCUCGCAGUCACAGAGUAAUGGUCCAGUCAUGGAAGAGAGAGCUGGUUCCCCUGAUCAGAUCCCAAUGGAGGUGCAAGUGAGUAAUCAGACACAACAUGAUGAAUUAAACCACAGCUCCUCAGACUUUAACAAUUUGGAGUGCAAGACAGAGGUCGGUGUGUCGUCCUGCCUGCUAACACCCACAGCCUCCCCGAGAGACUCCAGCCGAUCUGAAGAACGAGGGAUAACCGUUAGCAGUGGAGUGCUCAUGAAGUCUGAGGGCAUCAAUGGGAGCCCAGUAAACUGGACAGUGUCAGAUGUUGUCAGUUAUUUCACAGCAGCGGGUUUCCCUGAGCAGGCUGCUGCAUUCAGGACCCAGGAAAUCGAUGGAAAGUCACUUCUCCUCAUGCAGCGUAAUGAUGUUUUGACUGGCCUGUCAAUCAGACUUGGCCCCGCCCUCAAGAUCUAUGAACGUCAUGUAAAGGUUCUGCAGAAAACACACUUUGAGGAUGACGACUGCUAACAGCAUGAAUCAAAUACAAGCAGACUGUUAUGUUUGUAUCUACAUAUAGCUAACGUAGUAUAAAAAUGCAUGCAUGAUAUACAGUACAAUACACUUCACUUUUCAUCUCAUGUCACACAACACAUGCAAACACAAAAACACAGGUACACACACACCGUUGUUUCUUAUCCUCCUGCCUCUUGACAUCAGAUAUGAGACUGGAUUUUCUAGACAACAAGGAUUUUCUAUCAGAGCACAAGUGUCGGAGGGAGAAAGUAGAGCAGAGAUUUUCAAACAACCAUGCAAUUUCUCCUUUAAGACAAACAAACAACAAUUAAGCACUUUGCAAUUGUACUGAUUAAACUGUGCAAAAUGUUUUUGUUUAAGCUGUCACUUCAUGCUAACUUUUAUGCACAUUUUGAAAGCCGUAUGGUUUUUUUCUGGGACUUGGGGAAGGGGUCAUUUGCAUUUUUGGGCUAUGAUCUGAGAAUGUUCUUGUUGGUGUGUACCUUUCCUUCUACAAAUAGACAGAACAUGUUGAAAAGGACAGCAAAGAAAUUAGAGGUUGACCGGAUUUGAGACAUUCCCAAAGCUGAAGUAGGCUGAUGAUGGCUGGCAUGAUGAACCUUUAUAUUGUUCUCUAUGUUUAAAACAAAUCCUGUGCAGGGUUAUUGAAAUUUUGGAAACGGUUGCUGGUCAAAGCAAUAAACUGACUAAGAUGUUUGAGAGGCUUUUGAACCAUGUCAGCUUGUCAGCUGGUUGAUUUUGUGUAACUUAAUAUCUCAUAUGGAAAAUGUAUUUUUUAAAUCUGCUUGGGGCUAUGCAUCACCACCUCAUAUGCUGGUUUUACAGAGAUACACUUUGAUAUUUGCUUUACAUCAGACUUUACUUCUUUAAUAGACAGCUAAAAUCACAUGUCACAUAGAACUGUUUAACUGUCUUAUGUAGGUCCAAUUUUAUAGAAAUUAUAUGUAAGCUGAGAGCUUUUUUCCUAAACAAACUAAAUGGAUCGAUCUACUGGGAGUGAUCCACUCAUCAGUGAUGACUUACACAAAGAGUGUAAUUUUUAAGUGUAUUUAAAAGUGUUUAAGUGUAUCUUCAGUUAUCAUGACAUCUUGGACCAGAGUUAAGAUGUUGUGGUUUCUUGAAGACAGUUCAUCCUCAAAUCCAAUUAAAGGGAACUAUUUAGUACUUUAUUACUAAAAGAGAUAUUGCAGCUCAGCUGAGGGGGAUAAUAGUCGCUCUCUUUGUAGUCACAUUGAAAAGAUUGAUGGGUGUAGCUCAGUAGAAAGAAAAUUGUUCCUAACAGAAACUGCUCACCCAAAAGCAAAGUGAUUGGAUUUUUUUAAUGUUAUUUUCACCGAGUCACUGCUGAGUUAUUCCAAAUGAAUGACAUUUGGACUCUGGACGCCUCCUCACUGAUUUUAGAUCAAGAAAUCAAGACAUGAUUGAAGUGCAGGCCUUCAGCUUUAACAAACAAAUUGGAAUAACAGCUAUUUUUGUACAUAGUCCUCAGUUUCCAGAGGCUAAAAAGUAAUUGGACAACUGACUGACAGGCACCUCUAUGGUGAUGCUGUUAUCUUCGUUAUUUCAUGACAAAGUAAACAGAUAAAAUAUUUGUUGCUGAUUCCAAGUACCAAGUUUGCAUUUGGUAACUGUUCACUGGAAUUCUCAUUAUGAGGUCCAAAGAAAACUGAAAUAUUAAUCAACCACUAAUUAAGUAUUUCUAAAGUGUACAAUCGAGAGAUGCCUUCAUGAAUGAAAAAAGGGUUUACAACAAAGUUCAAACUGCUUGUUAUACACAAGAACAAGAAGGCUAGAUUACACCAGAAAGUAUCUAAAGGAGCCUGCAGAGUUCUGAAGAAAUAUUGCAAAGAAUAACCAGAAUGAUGGAGACAGAAACAUACCAUACCACAUCAUCCAUCAAACAUGGUGAAGGCAUGUAAUGGUAUGGACAUGUGUGGCUGCCAACACAACUGGCCCUCUGGUGUUUAUCAAUAUUGUGAUUGCUGAUAGAAGUGGCAGAAUUAGUUCUAAAGUGUGCGAGGCAUUGAUCUCCGCUGAGGUUCAGGUUCAGCCAAAAGUUCGAAACUGAUCCGAGAACCAUUCAAUUUGAAAAUGGAUAGUAGAAGAAAUGUGAUAUUCUUCAAUGGCUAAGACAGUCACCUGACAUGUUUUUAGUUAUUAAAUAUAAAAAUGGUGGCAGAAAGACCCACAAAGAGCAACUGAAGGAGCAACAGUAAAGUCUUGGCAGAGCAUCUAAAGGAGUAAAUGCAGCAUUUGAUGAUGUCAGUUUUCAUCCAAAUAUUAAAACACAUCUCCGAUUUAUUUUGCUUUUUCAGGCUAAUGAUAGCUUCCUUCACUUGCAUCAACACCGCUUUGGACCUCAUUGAGAAUUAAAUGCAAUCCUUUCAGGGGCUUUUAUCAGCUGUAUUUAUCAUGGAAUAACAAGGGAACAGACCUCAUCUCAUCACAAUCAUACUUUUUAGCCUGCAGUAGACAUUUGGUAAUGUCCAUUGGUUCUAGACUUCAAGGUUUCCAGCAAAAGUAGUUUAAUUCAUUCUUAUUUUUAAAAUUUUCUUAUUCAGUUACUUUUGAGCCUCUAAAAUCAGGGGCUUUGUAUAACAAUGUGUGCGAAACAGUUAAUAGAAUACUUUUGUUAAAACCCCUCAAAUUGAAGUCUGCAAUUGAGUCACAUCUUCAAUGCUUGAUUUAAAAUCUUCUGUGGUGGUGUGCAGCUCUCUAACUGUUCCCAAUAUUCGUCCAAAUAUUUAUGGUUUUAGACACCAGAGAAAAAAAAUAUUUCAAUUGGAUUUCUGUAUGAACUUCUUCUUUAAUAUGACAGCAUACGUCAGAUCAUCAUGAAUCAACCACUAGCUUUAAAUGUAAAGUCUUUUGUAUGGUAUUUUCAGCGUACACGCUUAAUCGUUGAGAAUGAUUUAGCUCGAUGUCUUGAAGACACUUUAGUGCUGUUCAAUCAACACCAGUGUAAGAUAAAAGUAAAACAGAAUGUAGCAGCAAAAGGUAGCAUGCCUUACAUUAAAAAACAAACAAACACACACACACACACACACACACAUUUUAUUGGCACUAAAUAUGUCUUUAUUUAAUGUAGGUUAUUUAUUUGUGUAUUAUAUGUCAGUUCCAGACACAUACUUAAGGUAAUAUUAACUUUGUUAGUUGCUUCUGUUAG